AUGGCGAGGCUCGUCCUUACCGUCACCGCCGAGGUCGAUAGUGGCUGGGCAAGGCCGACCUCGCCUGUUGCCACGCCGCCGCACCAGCCGUCGUCGUCGUCGUCGUCGUUGUUUUCUUCUUCUUCUUCUUCAGAGGCUGCGCUGCUAGAGACGCUCCUGAAGCGAGGAUGGUCCUUCGACAACGCGGCCCACAUCAGGGCGGUCAUCAUGAUCCAGCGCGCCCUGAUCGACGACCCCUCCGACGCGGCCGCCCUGGCCGACGCCGUCGAAUCGGACCUUCUCAACACCGACCUGAGGAUCAUCGGAUCCAGGACCCUGCCCGACCGCAAGGCAUCGCACCUCCACGGCCCUAUGGUCCUCCAGAUAUCUGCAGUGAGGGACAUUGCCAGAAGUAGUAUUGAGGAGGCCUCGAAGAGCUCUGGUGGUAAUCGUAUGUUGAGAUUGACACUGACGGACGGUCACAGUGAGAUGACUGCGGUGGAGUAUUCUCAUAUCCCGGCGCUUCCUGAUGAUGUUGUUCCUGGCACUAAGGUGCGGCUGGAAAAGAAAGUUGCAGUAUAUAGUGGGAUUCUGUGUCUAACUCCAACAACAUUAGCCGUCUUAGGUGGUGUUGUUCAGUCUCUAUUUGACGAGUGGCAAAUGAACAGAAAAUACUCUGGCUUAUCCCGUGAAUCUUUAAAACUAUCACAGCAGAGUGAUGCAGGCGGCCCUCCCCCAUUUGAGAAGCUGCAGAUCAGGGCUUCCUCACGUCAGUCCACUCAUCAAAGGAGAUAUUCACACAACCCUGAAACCUCCAAUGUCAAGAAAUUUGAAGGCAGAGAAUCUCGCAUGCCAUUGGAAAAUAGAUCUGUUGUUGGACAGAAGAAUCUUGAAAUGAAGGAAGAUGUGGGAAAUAGUUCAGAAACCACUCCACCUACAGGAGAAGAUAAGGAAAAACCAACUCACUCUGAGUCAAGGCCAAAAGAAGUUGCUGAUUCUGCACCUGUUCAAAACCAAGCGGCUGCUCAGAAACUCCUCCAAAAGAUGAACCAACAAGGGAUGCAGAAUCAGCGUUUUAAAGGUCGAAAAUAUAGAGCGAAGGGUAAACAAGAAGAGGCUCCAGUUUUUACUCUAGAAGAAUGGGAACAGAGAAAUGCCGUUACGAAGCUGCCAAAUAUGAGCCAUGAUGAGGAAUUGGCAAGGCAGCUUCAGAAUCAAUUUGACUUGGAAGAUGCUCAUCAUGUACUAGAGGGUCCUAACGAGACACAAGCAGAAAAAAUCAAGAGGAGCAUGUUCAGUUACGACAGAGACAAUGAUUGGACUCAUUCAGGGGGAUAUGGAGGUGGACGGAGGGGUAGAGGGAGAGGAAGAGGGAGGGGAAGAUCCCGCGGGAGGGGAAGACAUGGUUGAUUUUCUACCCCUUCUCAUCUUUCAUGGGUUUGAUGUUCACAACUUCAUUUCAGAUGCUUGGAAGUGCUGCAACCAUCACUGGGAUUUUUUUCUGUGAAUAUUCUGAGACAGAGAUAACGGCCUUGUACAAUGGUUUGGUUUCUUAUAGUAGUGGCCUCUUACUGAAUCCUGCCAGCGUCAUGUUUACUUACUCGCGGAAGAAACUUUGUCAUUAUUGCAGGAAGGGUUUCUUUAUCUCUCUUUCUACUGAAAUAAGCACAGCUGAACUAAGAAAUGCAUGAGAUAAAUGGAAUAGAAAUAGGCUACUGACCCUUGAGAUAAGGCGCUUGUAGAAGUCACUAACCAUGGCUAUACCUCACAAUACAUGUGUCCAAUAAUCAGAGAACAUAUGAAUAAAAUUACCAAUGCUGGGUACUGAAUGAUGGUACGGUGGCAUAACAUACGCAAGCGAUGAAUUAUUUUUAGGUCAAAUUCGCUUUCGAGCAGUGUCCUCUCACCGACUUUGACUCUACUUAACUCUAUUUAAGUUUUUAGUGUACUGUCAUUAAUUAAGAUGAGUUGUAGAUCAUUUUCGUAAUGGAAAUUUCUUUGAAUAUUUCAAUUAAAUUGAUUGUCUCUUCCCUUUGUA